UUUGCACACUAACAUUCUCGGAAGUGACAGAUCGUGUGAAUUCACACGUUCGCGGCCGUUUCUGCAAUAUGUUAUGUCAGAUUUAUACCGUUCGCAUACCAUCGCUAUGGAGAAAAUUCACUUUCAAUCGUGUGUGUGCGCGUAAAAUGCGGUAAAAUGUCCGCCAGAUAAAUUUCUACGUUGCGGGAAAAAGAAAAGAUCAACACGUAUAUUUUUUUUCUCGAACUUUUAGAUUGCGUUUUGUUAUGGAACUUUCGAUUUCCUAUUUACAUGUAUUUUCCCCGAGUACGAUAAUACGUUGACAUUUGACUGAAGUUACACAAUCUCCUUCGCUUGGCAGAGUCGCGAUGUAUCAUGACGAAUGUGUGUUUGGCUGUGACAUGUGAGAGCGCAAGGUGAUAAUAUAUCUAUUACCAAAAUGACAUUUGGAAUGUGCUUCUGAGUAAUAGUUACUCAUAAUUACAAACAAAAUUUCAAGUAUUCCUAAUUAUGUACGCACAAGUACUAAAUGGAUACUUCAAGAAACUAUUAAUAGAAAGAGAUCUGGACUUGAAUAGUAGGAGAUGUCUAAUGGAUAACUUUACACAAGAGGGAUAAAUAAUCAAAUGAUCUAUUGUAAAAAAUAACGUCUAGAAAACUGUCAAAUUUUUGGAGCAACUUUUGCAUCACCUGUGGAUACAAUGUCGAGUACUGGAUCUGUUGCAUCACAAACCAUUGCUCAUCUACCAGAGAAAGAGCAUGGACCUGUUCCUGUAGACUAUUCUAGCAUCAGAGGCAAGAAUGUCUUGGUUAGUCCAUCUGAGGAUCAGUAUGAACUGUUAUUGAGAAAGCUAAAGGAAAGGAUUCAAGAUGGAGGCAGUGAGACGAUUUUUGAUAUCGGUAUUGCUGAAGAUGGAUCUGAAGACGGAUUAAAGGAGGAUGAGUAUGAUGCAUCAGUUGCCACUUUACAGUCUCUUGCUGCGACAUUGGAAGCUGAUUGCGUACUUCUACGUCAAAGUAAAGUAGACCAUGGGUUGACAGGGCAAUAUCUAGUAAGAAGGCGUCUGGAUCGACAAGAUUUCUUGGAGAUCAGGGUUGCCGUUGUUGGUAAUGUGGAUGCUGGUAAAUCUACAUUAUUAGGAGUGCUGACCCAUGGUGAGCUUGACAAUGGAAGAGGUUUAGCACGUCAGAAGUUAUUUCGUCACAAACACGAAGCUGAAACUGGACGGACUAGUUCUGUUGGCAAUGACAUACUUGGAUUCGACAGCGUCGGUAACGUAGUUAAUAAACCAGAACAUGGGUCGCUGGAUUGGGUGAAAAUAUGUGAGAAAUCUUCCAAAGUAAUUACGUUUAUCGAUCUUGCCGGUCAUGAAAGAUAUCUGAAGACAACUGUUUUCGGAAUGACAGGACAUGCUCCAGAUUUUGGUAUGCUAAUGAUUGGGGCAAAUGCUGGUAUUGUGGGAAUGACCAAGGAACAUUUGGGUCUUGCCUUAGCAUUGUCUGUACCAGUAUUCGUUGUUGUGACGAAAAUCGAUAUGUGUCCACCGAAUGUCCUGCAGGAGAACUUAAAGUUGUUAAUAAGGAUCUUGAAAUCGCCUGGUUGCAGGAAAGUUCCUGUUACGGUAAAGACACCUGACGACGUAGUAGUCAGUGCUACUAAUUUUGUCUCAGAACGACUGUGCCCAAUUUUUCAAGUAUCUAACGUAUCUGGCGAAAAUCUAAAUCUUCUCAAGAUGUUUCUCAACUUACUAACGGCAAGGAUCACUAGUCACGACGAUGAGCCUGCUGAAUUUCAAAUCGACGACACAUAUUCCGUACCGGGUGUUGGUACAGUGGUGUCCGGUACAACUUUAAAAGGUAUCAUAAAGUUGAACGAUACCCUGCUGUUAGGACCCGAUCCGCUAGGUCGUUUCACGCCGAUAGCCGUGAAGAGCAUCCAUCGAAAGAGAAUGCCCGUCCGUGAAGUGAGAGGCGGACAAACUGCCAGUUUUGCCCUGAAGAAGAUCAAACGAUCGCACAUUCGCAAAGGUAUGGUGAUGGUCGCGCCUAUACUCAAUCCGCAGGCCUGUUGGGAGUUUGAGGGUGAAAUUUUAGUGCUACAUCAUCCCACCACGAUCAGUUCACGUUAUCAGGCGAUGGUACAUUGCGGCAGCAUAAGGCAAACUGCUUCUAUAUUAUCCAUGUCUCAGGACUGUUUAAGAACGGGCGACAAAGCUUUAGUACAUUUUAGAUUUAUCAAACAUCCAGAGUAUAUAAAACCUGGACAGAGAAUGGUGUUCAGGGAGGGCCGUACUAAAGCGGUAGGAAAUGUAUUGAAACUUAUACCGCACUCGAGCGGUACGACUAUACAGACAUCGAGGAUUAAUAAGCCGAAUAAGACAUCGCAAGGACGGCAGAAUACGUCAAACGUGCAGGCAACAGAGAUAACAGAAGCUGACUCGAUGAUCGAAACACAAACAGCUAAGCAAGAAAACGUACCACAAAAAUUCGGGUUGAAUCAGAAAAAAGGUAGAGGCCGAAGAGGAGGGAGAUCGCAUAAUAACGUGAAUAACAUUCAGCCUCUGGCGGAGCAAAAUCCUCCUGCAAAAGUGUAAUCUGACUGGCGCAAUGGUGUACAAAGUAACAUACGUUAUUAAUUCUCCAUUAAUUCUCUAGUACAUACCAGUUUAUCAUAUAAUGAUGAAAGGUGAUCGUCUAUGACAAAAUUACUGUAAUAUUCAACACUAUUAUUUUUUCGCUAAAAUAAAAACAUUAUAGAGGAUAUUCGGGCACGUAUUAUGUGCUGUAAAUUUAUUAGAGUACAAACGACUUCUCGAUUAUUAAUCGCGCGUUAAGAAGAUAUUCUUUUAAUAAUAUAACAAAAUAUUCGUAUAUAAAUUGUAUUAUUUUUAUAAAAGGCACAUGUGUAUCUUAAAUUCGUACUACAUAUAGGUAAAAUCAGUUAGAGAAUGUACAUGUAUGUCUCCACUUCGGUUGCGUGAAUCUGCGACCGGAUAUGCAAUAUGUAUAAUCGGGUACAUACAAAUUUUCUAUCUAGUAUUUUGUAAAGAAAGUUCGUGAUAUACGAUUCACCGAGGCUUUCAUGCAAUAAAGCAAUUAUAUUAAUUA